AUGGAGGAGGACAAGAGCGCCGACGCGGCGGCCCCGGCGGCGAUGCCGAAGGCGUCCACGCAACCCAGAGGCGGUCCGCGGGUGCGAUAUCCCGCGCAUCGCGUCCGCGUCGCCGUCCAUCGCGCGGCGUCGCCCCUCGCCCCAUCCGUCCGUCGUCGCGUCGUCGAACGCGCGAACCAGCCGCACGUUACCCCUGCCCCUCUCCUCAUGAGAGGCGUCGCAGUAAAACAUCACGCGGAGAGUACCAUGGGGGAUAUAUCUUUCUUGCCCGGCUUCGCUCUCACCGCCGGGCUCGACAAAGCACCUCCGACAUACGUUCCGAUCCGACGCGUCGUCCGAGAAGGAAUCGAUCGACCUCUCGUCGCGCUGCGUGCUUGUUGUUCUUCUUCUUCUUCUUCUCACAUUCGCUCGCGCGCGCCGUCCGUUCGUCCCUUCCUCCGUCCAUCGCAGGGCUCGCGCCCGACCGCGCGAGGGAAGCGCCGCUCGCGCCGCGGCGAGGACAAGAUGGCGUUCCUGACGCGAAAGGUCGACAGGUGGAUCGACGAUCACCCGAAGCUCUACGCGCUCGGCACUUUGGCGACGUUGGCGCUCGUCGCGCGCGUCUUUUGGGCGGUCGCCGGGGACGCGGUCGCCGCGCGGUACGCCGCGUGGCUCGGCCCCGCGGUCGACCCGUGGCUGCGUCGGCGGGUGUGGCCGCACUUUAAAGCGCUCGGGAUGCUCGCGAGGGAGGAGGCGCCGUGGAUGGAGAAGGCGGCGAAGGCGUUCACGCCCAAGGAGCUGUGA